AUGUCCCUGCUGGACUACUGGGGGAAGCAGGGGUCUUCCGUGAAACGCAGGAAGGUUUCCGGUGAUGACCAGAAAGAGGACAAUGUACUACGCGAAAAGAGUUCUAUAGAUCGCGCAUCGUUAGAGACUGAUUCACCAGCGAUACCUCUAGACGGUGAUAUUCCCGCCGACGAGAAUCAACCUCCAAAUAGCCAAACGGAACUAGAAUCUUCACUCCCAGCCAUUGAAACAGACAACCAGACAAUAGACGAAUAUGGAACCUCGCAUGCUGUGCAAGAUGAACCAGACCUGCGCCAACGAAUGCAAAACAGCACCUGGCAGAAAGGCAAAAGCUCUAUAUACGUGGAUGCCUUCAAUCUAGCACUAGAAACAGUGUUAACUGAGGAGGCCCAUUUAUUCAAUGACGUUGAAAUGGAGGUAUUCCGGCAAUGGAAGGAGUUGUCGUAUGAGGCGCAGUAUUUAUACGUACGGCUUUUUCUCCGGAAAACUUCCGCGUGGCAUCGUAUUAACCAGCUUGGUUAUCCGGAUAUUGGGGAUUUGGAUGCUUCGGUGGCUGAGCUCCAGCGCGGCCGCGGCCUUCCUGUGCUGUCUGAGGCCGAGAAUGCGAAUCCGGCGGAUGUUGAGUCUAAUUCGGAACUCAAUGGCGAAUUCACGUUCGCCGAUAGUAGCGAAUCAAUAACGACGCUGGAAGAAGCGUCUUCGCUACUAUUACUGGACGAGCUGAAAAGCUUUGCAACUGACGUGAAGGUCCAAGGGAAGAGCAAGAAAGAGUUAUUGAUGGCAUUUCGACAGUCAACCCAGACGCAGACGGGACUUGAUUGGAAUCCUGGUAAAACGGGUGCCCGAAGUCCGUCUGUGUAUCGGGAUAGCCACUAUGUCGAGAAAAUCCUCGAUUACACUGGCGACUGUAUCAAGCUUAGCGCUGGCCCGAGGGUCUUGUUUGAACGAGUACAUUUGGUGUUCUAUAGGUCUACGGAGUGGACGGAGAAAUCUCUUACGACUAUUAUUCUUGCGAAGACUUCGCGGAAGAGUUUCCCGAGUUAUAUCGUGUGUCGCUCUAAUUCGAUUUUCCCGUCUAGGUCGACUCUUCUGGAGUUUGAGUCAGCAUUGCGAACACAGUUCGAAAUCGACAAUAUCCUGCAAUUUAAUGGACCCCCGGACUUGCAACGGGUCAAAUAUCUUUGCGGCAAGGUCUAUCCUCGAUGGAAAGAAUUAUUAGCUCAAGAACAACAGAAAGAAGCUACUUUGUACGAGUGCGGAGAAGGAGCUUAUCUACGUCGCUUCUCGCCGGCUUGGGUUUAUACCAGGAUCAUUCAUAAGGGCCUACAUCCCUUGGGGCGCUUCAAGGAGCAUAAGCAAGAACACGAAAUCCUCACCGAACUACUUGAUCAACGCCUAUUCCACGCUGCGCGUCGUGGAGGAUGGUAUCAGCGAAAGGCGCUUUUGGAAGAACAUUACAUGUGGAACCUUAGUCCAUUCGAUGGUCGCAGUGAAGAGAAUCAGCGAAAGCACUGGAAGAGGAUUGCGCUUCGGACCUGCGAGGAAGGCCUGGAGGAUUCGAGUAGUCAUCUAAUAUACCACUACGACUUACAAAAGCGGGUUAUGAAACUCGAGAAAGCUUUGAAAGUGCCCAAACGAGAGCAACAUGAUUUUGGAUACGCCGUCUUGGCUAAACCUGCAGAACGGACCGUUGAUGGCAUACGUAUCGAGCAGGAGGAUACGCCUCGCGAUAAUGGGUCUAAACGAGGUCGUCCAACAAUCUGGGUAGACGAGAAGGAGGGCAGCGAAUGCAGAGUUGAGCAGGUAUGUCUGAACUGGUACAUGGACCAUGGAUGGAAAGGUUACCAUUCAGAGGGCGGUAUCGUUCGAACAUUGUUCGGCCUCUUAUUCUACGACAUUCUCUUCACCUACAUCCCCAAUGUUUUUCAAACCCCUUUUCAAACCAGCCCCCUCGACCUCCACACAGACACCUUCUACCUCUCCCGCGCCUCCGAAAUAAACUACCGCCUCGUCGAAAUAACAAACGGCGCCGCCGAAAAACUCAUCCGCACGGUCUACACCACCCACUCCCCGCGCCAACCCUGUGCCGUCGGCAUAAACUGGUCCUUCCCGCUGGAAGACCUGGUUGAAAUCGCGCAGUGUUUUCGUGGCGAGGCGUUGGCGACGAUCUGUAAGGUUCUGGCGCAGGAGUAUCAGCAGAGGGGUGGGGGAAUUCCGGAUUUGAUACUUUGGAGCGCGGAGAGGAGGGAGGUUAUGUUUGUGGAGGUCAAGUCGGAGAAUGAUCGGUUGAGUGAUACGCAGAGGCUGUGGAUUCAUGUGCUUGUUGGGGCGGGAGUUAGGGUUGAGCUUUGUAAUUGUGUUGCUAGAUAG